GUCGAUUCUGUUCGAUUUGCCUCAGUUUAGUUUCAUCAUUCGACCUCGCCGGUUCUGUUGCGUCUGUCUUUUCCCCCGUUCUUUUUUUUUGGUUUUUAAUUAAGCCCUUACCUGGUGCGGUGUGUAUUCAAAGGUGUACAGAUCCACCGCUAGUUUGCGGGGAUUUUUCGUGAAUUUCUUGCGGCCCGUAAUUAACGUGGGUUUACCUGGCCGCCCGCGGCAAAAAGCAUUAAUAGCGUGACGCCCGUCAUCACAGCUGUCCACCGUCAAAAAGCUAAUCACCGCAUUGAAAUCACACACGUUGCGUGACAAAAACUGAGCUCCCUCCAAGUGCUGGCUCCUGGGCAUCCUGCUGCUACUCACAGUUGCCACCACCAGUUGGCCCACGGGCACAUCCGCGGCACCGCGACGCGCUCGAGGACUGCACCUGAUCCUGCCGCAUCGCAACCACAACCACAACCACCGCCACCAUCAUCACCAGCACACCAGGUCGAUCGAGGCCACCAUCGUGACCCUGAAAACCAAUCAGACCGAGGGCAGGGACACUUGCACGGCCCUUAGGAUGACGCCCAACACCACACACCUGCAGGUGGCGCACGAGGUGGCCAAGAAUACGCGGGAGGCGGUCCUCUGCCUGACCAAAGAAUGGCUGAUGAACCAGGGCCACAACCUGACCCAAGACAUCAAGUCCUACUCGAAGCACACCCUGGCUUUGAGGCAUCCACUGGACGCGGAGGUGAAGAACGUGAAGUUCCAGGACGAGCUGGGUGACUUCGUGUACGAUGGCAAGGUGGGCACGCUGGAGGAGGAGAUGCCGGCGAUUAUCGAGUCGCUGUUGGUGCUGGAGCAUCUGUACGAGACCAUCGAGUUCAAUCACAAGUCCUGGAACUGCUUCUUCAACAACUUUGUGCAAUUCUUCCAUCACAACAUGCACGAGGCUCUCAAGGUCGCCGGCCUCAAUGAUGCCUGCAAUCCCAGGCACUCCGCGUACAAUAAGGCAUACAUUUGGCCAGAGUUUGGCGCCGCCGUGGAGACCAUCAAGGUGCUGACCAUCAUCGAGCACAAGUACGAGCAGCUGAUCCAGCAGUAUCCUUAAUCCGCUGGCCAGAGCACCAGGGAGCUCCCGGGGAGCAGAAGAAGCCGCAAAUACCAAAAAUAAUCGCCUCCGAUGACCCACUGCAAUCUCAAGCUAACAACAGGCUAUGCCCACGUGUAUCCAGAUUCGUAUUCGCACUCGUAUUCGUCAAGUAGACACCAUCAUCUGCCUUAGACCCUAUUAUUUAUUAUGCCCCAUUAUAACUUAUUAAAUCCCCAUUACCCCCUCCAUACAUACGUAUUUAUAUCGCCUUCGCAUCCUAUUUAUAUACAUAUAUCCAUCACCACACUCACCGAACACAUUCACCGCCUCGCAGGCUCGAUAACUUAUGAAAACUAUUACUUAAGCGUAUUUUUUUUAUACAUAUAAUAUAUACAUACAUUUUUACAUUAUGACUAUUAAUAAAUUAUAUUGAU